GAGGUGAACCUGCUCUACUUGCGGUCACAGUGGACGCAUUGUGGUGGUCAGCUAACGGCGGCAUAUUAACUUAUCAUGAUAUCAGCUAGCGUGGUGCCUAGUUAGCUAACUCAGUUUGCCAUCGCGGCGCUUACACGACUUAGCUAGCAGACUGGCUGUCUGGUUUGACCGAUCCUGCUGGCGGAAGAAUUUAUUGUAUUCCAUCAUGUCGAUAUCGUUCCGUUAUUUUUAGCUAGCACUGCAUGCUAGCGCAGCUCAUAGCGGUAGGCAAAGCGUGACUAAUCGGUCUGUUGUUUGAAAAACAAUACAAAUGGAAGAGUGGCAGGACGCAGCCUCUCAGCAGGUCAGGCUGCUUACAAACCGUCUGAAUGGACUGUUGUCCAAAGGCCUGGAGUUGCUGCGCUCCGAGCUCGGCGUGGAUUUGGGACUGAAGCCUGAGCUUAUUCCGCCAUGGAUGAUCCUCUUAGCGGCAUGUACCGGGCUGGUGCUGAUGGUCGCUCUGUGGGCCUCGCUCUGUCGGGCUCUUUUCAAGAAGCGUCCGGCUGUGAGCUCGGUGGACGACGGAAUAGAAGUAAAGCGAAGUGUCAGUAAACCUGCCAAAACCGAGGAACCGAAGAAAAAGAAGAAGAAGGCAGAAAAGAAAGCUCAGCCAAAUGGAAGAGCUAUUGCUGAAGCACAGGAAGAAGCCAUAGUGUCGGAGGAGAUAGUGCCACAUCAGCAGCCGCCCCCAGCUGAAGUCAAGGCUGAAAAGGUUACUGAGACAAAGAAAUCCAAGAAGAAGGCCAAACAGGCCAUAAAGGAGACCAAGACGGUGACUGCAGAUGGGAAAGAACCAGAAGAAGGCACAUGGGAAACCAAGGUCAGCAACAAAGAGAAACGUGAGCAACGCAAGAAAGAUAAGAGUUCCAGCGAUGGUUCGGCCAGUCCUGGAGGAGGGGACACACCUGUCAGUGCUCCCUCAGAGCAGCCCAAGGCCUCUGCAGCCCCAGCACCUGCCAACCAGAAGAAGAAAAAAGGAGAGUCUGCAAAAGUGAAGGCAGAGAAGGUGGAAAAUGUUGUGUCUCAAGGUAACAACAGUGAGGCUGCAGAGGUGGUUACUGCUGUGACUGACAUGGCAGUCAAGGUUCCUGCUCACACUGUUGCCCCGAAUACAGGCCCCUGGACGGCCAGUAGAGAGCCAGCAUCGCUGUGGAGGUCGGGGAUUGAUGAGUCGUGGACGGUGAUUGACAGAGGGAUGCCCCCAACGGAGCUAAAUCUGAUGUCUUUAAGUGCACUGGGAGUUGGUGCUGCAGAGCCUCAGACUGUGAGCGACCUGUCGUGGCUCAGUCAGCCCAGAGUGGACGAUGAGUGGUCUGGACUCAAUGGCAGCUCAGUGGACCCCAGCUCUGACUGGAACGCCCCCUCUGAAGUCUGGGGAAACUAUGAAGAGCCCACCGCUGAGCCGCCUCCUGCUGCUCUGGAGCAGCACAUCCCUGAGCCAGCAAAGGUUGAUCUGCUGAUCGCAGCUGCCGAGGAUGAUGAAGAUGAGAAGGACAAGAGAGAGACAGCUGCUGAUGGAACAGCUAAAACUAAGAAGAAGAAGAAGAAGAAGAAGAAGGCUGCUGAGGAGGGAGGACCAGCUGGCCAGAUUUUUUUUACCUUGAAUUCACCAGACAGUUCAAUGCAAACUCUGCCUCUGUGUUCUGUGGAGGUGGAGGAGCCAGAGAAGGAAACAGCACCUGCAGCCCCAGUGAAGAAGCAGCAGCCACCUGUUCAGGAAAACACUGCAGCCGUCCAGCCUGUCCAAGCAGCUGCCGUAGAGGCGAGAGUGGAGCAGCCAGUGAAGGACAACAAAUCCCAGAAACCCCCUGUCACACAAGUGCCACAGAAGCCGACUGACGGAGAGCCCACUGCCAAGCAGAAUAACCAUCCUGCUCCAGCACAACAAAAAAAACCUGAGGAGAGCCAAGCGCCCAAACCAGCAAAGAAGAAGAAGGCGAGGAGAGAGACAUGAGACAGAGUCCACUCUGCAGACCUCUGUAUGCAAAAGACUCCAUAUCCUGUUUAUGCAACACCUUUUGUGACAAGAACUUUGAAUUAAAGUCUUCAUGAUGGACUUAACCUUAAAACCUGUCUGGAAAAUGAAACAACUUUUGUACACGUGUCAGUUGGCGGAUCAUUGAAAACUGAAACUAGAUGCAGUGCAAUCUAAUGUAAUGCGGUGUUAAUGAUUUUUAAGUAUGCGUUUGAUACUCUGAUUCUGUCUUCUAAUUCCACUGAAUCAAAUAACGGAUGGAAGGAGCUGUACUGUAGUAAUUAGACAUGUAGAAAAUACUGAUCAUGUUUAGCAACGUGUUGUCGUGGUGGCUUCCGAAUGGAUGGAGUUUACUGUGUAGAAGAAGAAAAACGGUCAAUGUGCAUCAGGUCUCACAGCACUGGGCCAUAAUGGUGAACUGGCCUUUGCUUGGCAGUCUUUUAUUUUGCUCUGUCAUUUGUGAGCUGCAAUGGUACAAUUUGCCCCGUUUGGGUGAAAAGAGCAGACAUCAAAUGUUAAUUUCAUGUCAGCGGUUGUGACGUAAACGAGCAUCAAUACACGCAGAAAAGGGAAUCAUGUUCGCUCUGUAUUUUCGCAUUGUUACCCGUGAUUUGGAACAUUUCGUCGAAUCUGUCCAUCUGAUUUGUCCCUUGUCUGAUGUUGUGCUGCAGUGUGUGAGUUAUUCCUGUCUGUGACUGCUUUGUGGCUGCAGCUGCGUGGGAGCCUUCGAUCAUAGAUGUACCAUUUAGUGUCAUCAACCUCUUCAUGACUUCCCCCCUGUGGGUGAUUCAAAGUCUUCAGACCCUUUUGUAAAACUCGUUUGUAAUAAAAGAAAAGCUUAAGCCAUAUGUAAAAAGACUAAAUAAAGGCCAGUUUUUCUAA